UAGAAAUCCCUUCACCCCACAGCAACAACUUGGAUAAAACUCUGAAAAACAAACAUUUAUUUUUCAUUCUGAUUGGGACUUCACGGUCUUAUCAGGUAAUACAGAAGGGAAUUUCUAAGGGAACAGAGAAGACAGGACACCUGACCCAAACCCACUGGUCACCACUGAGCUCCACUCUUAGACCAGUGCCUGGUCAGAAAAGUACGAAGAACCAUCAUGGGAUCUGCCAUCUCACAAACUAUAAUAAGAGAUGAACUGGAAAAACUGAAGGAAGCUUUGGAUAAUAACAAUCUCUCAGAUGUGACAGAACAAAGUCGAAUUAACCUGAAUUUAUUGAAGAACACCACCCUAGACAUCGCCAUCACAGGGGCGUCGGGGACUGGAAAAUCAUCAUUUGUCAAUGCCUUGCGUGGAAUGACAGAUUAUGAAGAAGGAGCAGCUGAGACUGGAGGAACGCAAACAACAGUGAAGGCAAAGGGAUAUCCACACCCCACAUUCCCCAAAGUAACAAUAUGGGAUCUUCCUGGAAUUGAGACACCUGACUUUGAACCAGACAAAUACCUCAAGAAGGUAAAUUUUAGACAGUAUGAUUUCUUCAUCAUUGUGGCCUCCAAUCGUUUCACGACAAAUGAUGUUCUCCUGGCUCAUGAAAUUCUGAAGAUGAAGAAGAAGUUCUACUACGUGCGCACUAAUGUGGAUGUCAGCAUACGUUCUGAAAGAAGGAAACCAAACUUCAAUGAGGAAAAAACCCUCAUGAAGAUAAGGAAAUAUUGCUGUGCUGGUUUGAUAAAAGUAGGAGAAUAUAAUCCAAAGGUUUUUCUCACCUCCAGAUGGGAUUUGAAUCUGUAUGAUUUUCCACUCUUGCGAGAGACCUUAGAAAAUGACCUGGAUGACCUCAAGAGAUAUGCUUUAAUUACAACAAUGCCAAAUUUCUCAAGAGAAAUCCUGAGGAAGAAGAAAGUUGUUAUGGAGGCCCUUAUUUGGCAACUAUCCCUUGUGUCCUGUGUCAUUGGGACAAUUCCUGUCCCUGGCCUGUCUCUUGUUUGUGAUCUUGGCAUCUUGGUAGAAACAAUGAGAGAUUUCUGCAAGGUCUUUGGCUUGGAUGAUGAAUCCCUCAAAAGACUUGCAGACCGCACUGGCAAACCUGUUCCUGUGUUGAGAUCAGCUAUCAAAAAGUCAAGAAUGGCUAACCAUGUCACACCUGAUUUUGUAAAGGGCCUUUUGAGUAAGUCAAUUGUGUGUGGAGCAAUGAUGGCGGUAGAAUUUGUUUUUGGUUUCAUCCCUGGGUUGGGCUCUGUAUUUGGCGGAAUUAGCUCUUUUGCAACUACAUUCUACAUGCUGAAGAGCUUUCUGAAUGACGUUGUGGAAGAUGCUGAGGAUGUCCUGGCCAAAGCUGCUGAAAAUUUAGAGUCCCGAUACAAGCAACGUCCCAGGACCUCUAUCUGGAGACCGGACUCAUACACUACCAUGGCUUUUGCCUUCACAAAAGAAGCCAUAAGAAAGGAAUUUGAAAAACUGAAGAACGAUUUGGAAAACAGAAAUCUUGAAGAUGCCAUACAGCAAAGUGAAAAAUACUUGGAUUUAGUAAAAAACUCAACUCUUGACAUUGCCAUCACAGGGGAUACGGGUGCUGGUAAAUCAUCCCUCGUGAACGCCCUGCGAGGUAUGACAGAUUCUGAAGAAGGUGCAGCUGAGACUGGGGAGACACAAACAACGAUGGAGCGAAUGAAAUAUUCACAUCCUUCCUUCCCGAAUGUAACAAUAUGGGAUCUUCCCGGAAUUGGGACAACUGACUUUGAACCAAAGGACUACCUCAAGAAGGUACAUUUUAAGGAGUAUGAUUUCUUCGUCAUCGUUGCCUCCAAUCGCUUCACGACGAAUGAUGUUCUCCUGGCUCGUGAAAUUCUAAAGAUGAAGAAGAAGUUCUACUACGUGCGCACCAAAGUGGAUGUCAGUAUUGAUUCUGAGAGAAGGAAACCCAACUUCUGUAAGGCGAAGUGUUUGGACAAGAUAAGGGAAUACUGCUGUGACAAUCUGGCAAAGGCAGGAGAAUCUAAUCCACUGGUUUUUCUUAUCUCCAGGUGGGAUUUGGAUAUAUAUGAUUUCCCCCGCCUGCAAAUGACCUUGGAGAAUGACUUGGAUGACCUCAAGAAGUAUGCCUUAAUUGCAUCAAUGCCAGCUUUCUCAAGAGAAGUCCUGGAGAAGAAAAAGGCUGCUAUGGAGUCCCUUAUAUGGAAAGUAUCCCUUGUGUCUUGUGGUAUUGGGGCAAUUCCUGUCCCAGGACUCUCUCUUGUUUGUGAUAUUGGCAUCUUGGUGGCAACAAUGAGAUAUUUCUGCAAGGUCUUUGGCUUGGAUGAAGAUUCCCUCUGUAGACUUGCAAGCCGGGUUGGCAAACCUCUAAGCAUGUUGAGAUCUGCUAUCAAAAAGUCCCCGAUGGCCAGUCAAGUCACCACUGAAUUUGUAAUUGAUCUUUUGACUAAGUCAUUACUGUGUGGAACGAUGAUGGCGGUCGAAUUUGCUCUUGAUUUUGUGCCUGUGUUGGGCUCUCUCACUGGUGGAGGGCUUUCUUUUGUAACCACCUUCUACAUCCUGAAGAGCUUUCUGCAUGACGUUGAGGAAGAUGCAGAGAAUGUCCGAGCAAAAGCUGUGGAGUCCUAAGACGAGUCAAGCGCUGCAACACCCAGAUUGAGAAAAUAGACCGAGUCAAACAGCACAGGACUUUCAUGCAGAGGAUGCAGAACCCAAAGUCAAGAACUGAUUCUAGAUUUCAUACCCAUGUUGGAUGUCCCAGUUCGUGGAGCUGGAUCUUUUGGAACCACAUCUUGCCUGCUGAAAAGUUUUCUGGAAAAAAACUGAAGAUGCUUAGGACAUUCAUGAAAAUCUGCUGGACAUUAAGAAUCCCUACUAAUGGUGGUUGUGGGUUUUCCGGGCUGUAUUGCCGUGGUCUUGGCAUUGUAGUUCCUGACGUUUUGCCAGCAGCUGUGGCUGGCAUCUUCAGAGGUGUAGCACCGAAAGACAGAGACUCUCAGUGUCACAGUGUGGAGAAGAUGUUGGCAGGUCAUUUGUAUCUACUCAGGAGGGGUGGGGUUGAGCUGAGUCAUCCUGUAAGAGUUUCCCAGGGUGUGGAAUGCUAAUGGCGGGAGACGUCACUGUAUCCUGAGGAGGUUCUUUUGCAUAUGGAUUGGUGCUUGAUGUGCUAAUCUUCUCUGCAGGGCUAUUGUCGGGGAUAGAAUGUUUAGGUAGCCUAGUGUUUUUCAGAACUGGAAACCAUGCUCUGUUCAUUCUUAAGGUUUCUUAAGGUAAGGCCAUUAGCAUUCCACACCCUGGGAAACUCUUACAGGAUGACUCAGCUCAACCCCACCCCUCCUGAGUAGAUACAAAUGACCUACAUCUUUUCCACACUGUGACACUGAGAGAUCUCUGUCUUUUGGUGCUACACCUCUGAAGAUGCCAGCCACAGCUGCUGGCGAAACCUCAGGAACUACAAUGCCAAGACCACCGCAAUACAGCCCGGAAAACCCACAACAACCAUCGUUCUCCGGCCGUGAAAGCCUUCGACAAUCCCUACUAAGUUGCCAUUGGAGAAGAAAAGCGGAGGCACCAAACAUAUGAAUGAUGCACAUGACCUAAAGUUUGGAAAGGAAAUGAAACUGAUUAGAAGCCUCCCUUCUUUUAACUAAAAUUUGGAGAAACUAUAUGUUCUACCAUGGUGGCCAUUAAAGACAAUUUUCGUUUUUCUCAGUGGAAGUUCUUUUAGCUAUUCUGAUUCAAUGGACCAAACACCCCAAAGAUAUGAGCAUCUUGUGCUGGCUUGUCCUAUUCUAUAUUGUAAACCAAGAACUAGAGAGAUCAACACGGAUGGCACAGCUCAAAACAGAAAAUUCUGCACAAAAACUCCACGCUGGUUUGUAUCUCUUCCUUGUGGUAGCUUUUUCUUUGCUUAGAUGUUAGACUAGAAAGAAUGGAGCAUUGAUGUUCUAAUGUGCUGCAGGGAGCUCUGAGAAACCGAUUGGGGGCUGUUCAAGGAGAAGGCUAAUAAUAGUGGACAAGCUUCCCUCAAAAAGUUUCCCAACUACCGUUGAUCCUCCUUAGCAAUGUAGCACCUCAGGCAAGGUUUGGGCAUGCUGUUGGAAGUGACAACAUAUGCAGUGGUGGACAAAGAAUACCUAUCUAUUGUUGAGUAUCAGUAAGGCAUCGGUCCUCUAUCUCUCUCGCUUCCUCCCUUCUGAUUCAUUCUGUUUUAAUUUUUGUUUGAUUUUUAUUAUCUCUAUCAUAGCUUCAUUUAUUUGUUCUUUUUGCUUUGUUAACUGUUCUCUACCAAUGGGUAGAGCCUACUGGAUUAGUAACCUGCACAAGGGUAAUCAUAACAGAUAUGAAUGCUCUUAGUGCUUAUCAUAAUUGUAACUGGGUGGGCUGGAGAGCACUGGGAAGCAGAAUUUGAGUUCUAAAACAAUACAUCUAUUUGAUCUUAUGUUUUUCAUUUUUCCUUAUUAACACAGUUUUGCUUAAAUAGUACUCAAAGUUUCGUCUUUCUACUUUGUUUUUAAAUGUUUUGUGUAAUCAGUGGCAGAAGUUAUCGGUCUUAGUAUUCUUAGCAGCUACUUAUUCCAUUGUUGGUAACCAUACACUAGUUUGUCCUUAUCUCAAUUUAUUUGCUCAACUAUUUUAAUCAGUAGUUCUGCUUCAUAGAUUUGGCACAGGUAGACAUUUCAUUUAUCUUUUCAUCUACCCUGUGCGGUAAUAAACAAUAUAAUUUGUUUCAUCUAAA